AUGAUGGCUCAUCAUGAGCGCAAAUAUGAAUGCGAAAAAUGCGCAAGAACAUUUGUAUCAGAGAAACGUAUGCGAGCACAUGAACUUAAAAAACAUUCCGCGCACAUAAGCAAUACUGUGAAGGAAAAUAAUGGUGAACGAAAAUUAUUCGAAUGUAAUCAGUGUGAUCGAACAUAUGAAACUUUUUAUAAUUUUAAGGAACAUUUAGCCAAGCAUAAAGGGAAAUUAUUUCGAUGUACGAUUUGCAAUAAGCAUUUAUCAGGACAAAGUGCUUUAAGUAGACAUGCAAAAAUUCACGAAAAACCACAUGAAUGUAUGAUGUGUACUAGUCGAUUCAGUUCAGCGUACGAUCUAGAUUGUCAUUUCAGCUAUUAUCAUUCAACCAUUAAACGAUUCAAAUGCUUUCACUGUAAUCGAGUGCUUUAUAACUAUUCGGGUAAAUUGCGCCACGAACGCUUAUGUUCCUUAAAAAAUACUAUUAUCAGGAAAGUUCCACAUUCUCAAAUUGUCAAUCUGCCCAAAAUAAUUUCAUCUUCUAAAGAGCAAUUAAUCCAGACAAAAUUAAAACAUGAAGAAGUGGAAGAACUCGGUGAUAAUAAGAAAUGUCAAAUUAUUUCCAAUCAUUCGGCUGCUAUUAAUUUAAUCAACGAAGCAAAAUUUCAUAAACCUAAAACAGUAGCAUUUGAGAAUUCAAAAAAACUCACUGAAACGACAAAAUUCGAACAAAGGAAAACAUUUCACAUUUGUGAUAUUAUGCAUGAUAUGCCGGGUUUUUCCUAA